CAUGUAUAUCGCAAUCACAAGAUUGUCAGAGCAUAAAACGCAGUGCAAGUCAGGUCCAACUCCAUACUCACUCCCACUUUGCGCUCCAUUUGAAAUCCACCUGUUGACUCCAACGGGGCAGUGCACGCAAAUUGGUACCGCAGCUGCCAGACUCAGUGACGGAAGUGGUGCCAGUCCGGGUCAUAAUCACGCCCAUAUAAGAUCAGAACGUGUUCCAUAUCCACGGUCAAGCGCCCCUACUAUUAUCCUUAUCUACCCCCGCAUCACGCCCGCGCUCUAUCUCGCACACCACCACCAUCUCGUUCUCACAAAUAUUAACCAGCGACUGACUACCCAUCCACCACAAGUGGUUGUCCUCCGCUCAUACUCUCACAACAACUAUCCGAUAACUAACCCCCAACCCAUCGCCAGACGAUGUCUCAAUACCCCUUCCCAUCAUCCCCCUACGCCCAGCAGCAGCCUGUUGUCUACACAUCUUCUUCUCACUCACAGCACGGUCAUGGGGGUUAUAACUACGGGACGCCCCUGAGGCGGGCAUCUUCUGCUGGACCUGGCUACGCAACUAGCGCACAAUAUGGCUACCCCAAUGUAGUCGCCGCGCCGCAGACUGCUCAAUACCUGUCCAUCCCUGACUCGCACCACCGCAGCAGGAGCCACAGCAGACACCGUAGCCAUAGCAGACCCAGGCACAGUAGCCAUAGCCGUCACGGGGGAUACAGUACAACUACCACCUACCCAGUCACGUAUGCGACAACUGCCCAGGCUCCUAUUUACAUCCAACCUAGCACAGGACAUCGCAGUCACUCAACGUCGCGCAGGCACUCUUCGCACUCGCGCCCCUCCUAUUCUUAUGCAAGCAAUGGUGACUACUACAGAGGUCGGACGCCGUCACUCGGUGACCGCUUUAUGAAUUUAUUUGGAGGGAAGUCAUCAAACUCGUACUACAAUUCCUACGGAAAUCAGGGGCACGGGGGCCACACCUCUUAUGGCGGUAUGAGAGAUGAAAGAAGACAUAGCAACAGGAAACACAGUGGCUACGUGGACGAACACGGAAGAGAAGUAGAUCAUCGUGGAAGGCCGAUCCAUCGCUAUUAAAUCAGGUAGCUGUACUUACAUCUAGUUUAUGUAGUGAAAGAGAAGGACCGCGUUACCUGACUCAUCUAUGCACGCAUACUCAAAGAAUGACGCUCUGUACAUUAAGUACUGGUUUUUGUGUACAAUCAAGUCUAACCGUUUGAUCGUCCAAU